CAAGUCUCUGAUUGGUUUUGGUCGGAGAGAGAGAGAGAUUUUAGGGUUUGGUGGAAAAAUGGAAUUGGUGGCAGAGAAGAAGGAAAACGAGAACAACAACGAAUCCAGCAAUGCUACUGGUACGCAGGCUGGUUUGGAUUCUUCAGCUUCUGUAUCAGCCGCUGGUUCUGAUAGUAAUAGCUAUACCCUCACCCUCAAUGCUAAAGAUGCCGAUGAAUUUCGUGAACGCCUAGCUCGCGACCUCAAAGCUGGUCUGCAUCCUCUCAAGCACAAGUUUGUAUUUUGGUACACUCGUCGAACACCUGGAGUUCGAAGCCAGAGCUCAUAUGAAGACAAUAUAAAGAAAAUUGUGGAAUUCAGUACGGUUGAAGGUUUCUGGGUCUCUUACUGUCACUUGACCCGUCCUUCUUCUUUGCCAAGCCCAACGGACCUGCAUCUUUUCAAGGAGGGAAUCCGUCCUUUAUGGGAGGACUCUGCUAACUGUAAUGGUGGUAAAUGGAUAAUAAGGUUCAAAAAGGUUGUCUCAGGGCGUUUUUGGGAGGAUCUGGUACUUGCCUUGAUGGGUGAUCAACUUGAUUAUGGAGAUAACAUUUGCGGUGCAGUGUUGAGCAUUCGUUUCAACGAGGAUAUUGUAAGUGUCUGGAACCGAAACGCUUCCGAUCACCAGGCUGUAAUGGCUUUAAGAGAUGCGAUCAAGCGCCACUUAAAGCUUCCACAUGGCUAUGUUAUGGAAUACAAACCCCAUGAUGCUUCAUUGCGAGACAACUCAUCCUACAGAAACACAUGGUUGAGAGGCUAGGGAUUUCUGGACAUCGCAUUCCAACCGGAUAAUCUGUAAAAGUGUUUUCAGUUGAGGCGCAAUGCUAAAUAGGAUUUCCGGAGACUCAUCAUCAUUCUGCAACCAGAUAAUCUGUAGAAGUGUUUUCAGUUAUGGCACACUGCUAUGUUUGAAGCGUCACUUAAUUGAUUACUGUGGUAUAAAGCACACUAUAUGGUGAUCUGGGUUCACCUAUAUGGAAUUAGUAUUUGUGCCGGAGCCGUUGUUGGUUCGUCUAAUGAAUUGCUUCUCUCACCUACCAAUAAUAGUUAUGUUUAUUUAUUUAUUUAUGUAUUUAUUUAUUUUAUUUUUUCA